AUGCAACCGACUUUUGACGAUAUCCCGAAUGAUUCCAGUGAUAACGAUUUAACUGGUGAAUCACCAAUUCAUACAACAACCCAAAAUGGCAACGGUAGUCAUGAUGAAAUCGUUCAGCAACCAUUAAACUAUUCGACAUACUUGCGCACAAAUAUACUAUUGUCUGCACUUAAGUGUCUUAGUCAUACGAAUCGAUCGGACAAUAGCACUCCGCCUGUACACGAUGAACAUUUUUUUAUUUUGAUUCAUCAAGUUUUCGAACUUUGGUUCAAACAAAUUUUAUUUGAAAUUGAUUCAGUUCGACAUAUUUUCGACCAAAAUGAUGAUGCGAUACCUUUUCUUUUUAACAUUAACUUACGUUUAAAACGUACAGCAACAAUAUGGAACAUGCUAAUCGAUCAGUUACAAUUACUUGAAUCAAUGACACCAAUGGAAUUUCUCGAAUUCCGAGAAUUUAUUACUCCAGCAAGUGGUUUUCAAAGUUUACAAUUUCGCAUCAUUGAAAUGAAACUCGGCUUAACUGAUGCAUUUCGAAGUUCAUAUAAAACGAACUAUUUUAUUCGAACAAUGUUCAAAGGUGAACAAGCUAAUGAACUUGAAUCAGCUGUACGAGAACUGCCAUUAUUACGUCAUGUUGAACGAUGGCUAGAAAAAAUCUAUGACAAUACAUCAUUCGACUUUAAUGAUGUAUUUAAAUCAGCAAUACAAAAUAUGAUCGAGCAUGAAAAGGAAGAAAAAAUUCGGAAUGGUACUGAUGCGGAAGCCGCCGAAGGAAAUGCAAACACGACAAAUGAACAAUUUAAGAAGAUGACAGAUCCAAAUGAAUACCGAAAACUUUUAGACAACAAUGAACGUCGAAUUAGCCAAAAAGCAAUGUUAUCUGCAUUAAUGAUUUCACAUUAUCACCAAGAACCGUGCUUUCAACAAGCAUAUGAAAUGCUUAGUUUGCUUAUGGAUAUCGAUGGUUUGAUGGCAAGUUGGCGUUAUAAACAUGUUGUUUUGGUUCAACGUCAAAUUGGUCGAAAACCAGGCACUGGUGGUACCGGUGGUUUCUCUUAUCUCAAAGAAACUAUCAGUGACAAAUAUCAAGUGUUUGCUGAUUUGUUCAAUGUGUCUUCAUAUCUGAUCCCUCAAAGAUUUUUACCAAAAUUUGUCAAUAAUGCGCAAACAUCAACUACAACUGCAUCAUCACUUGAAUUACAACCUUAUAGUCAACCUCCAAUCAUUUGUAAAAAGCAAUCACGCAUGCCGAAAUAUCAAUCGAGUUCAAAUCUGAAUCAAUAUUAUCAAAUUGGUUUUUUCUUUCUUCUCUUUGUAACAGGAUGUCUGUUUGGUAUACUUUUUAGUCGAUUUGCACGCUAG